CAGCUAUAGAAGGGGCUAAUCGCUAAUCUCAUAGUGCACUGAAAGCCAAGGCACCCAGGCUGUUCUCUCAGUUAGCUCCUCCACUAGCUGAAGAAGAAACACAGGACAGAGACUCUGAGAGAGACACAAGUUGUCUUCGGCAGGGGCCAUAAGGGCUGUGUGUGUCUGUGAAAUUCUUCACAUUGGUUGGAGCUGUAUGGAGGGCGUGUGUGUGUGGUGUUUUGUUGCUGAGGUUGAAGCUGGUGCGUACGUGUGAAGGGCAUGUUGUUAUUGAGUUAGUGGUCAAUCAAUGUGUUUCUGUGUUAAGAAAUUGACAGUCUUUAGUUAGUGUCGUCAGUAACACUACAGGCUUGUUUGAGGCUCUGAGCGGUUGUGUAGAUUGAAGACAGGACUGAUUUGUAUGCAAGACUAGUGAGUAAUUUUUUUGUCUUGGCAUUGGGACUUGAUUUUAUAUAGCCUAGCCUAUGUGUUGUAUGUGUUCCAGUGUGUCGGUGUGUGUUUUUGUGCGAGGAUUUGCUUCUGUGUGUGAGAGACUGGCUGUGUGCUUGAGUGUGUGUGAGCCGGUGUGUGUGUGUGUACCCACCAUGCCCCUGCCUGCGCCCGAUAUCCCAGCCUCUCAGAGGCUGGCACUGGACUGUCGUUCCCUCCUGGAUCAUCGCGUUGGCAGGGGGGUGUGUGGUUGUUGUGGGGCUCUGAGGCCACGCUACAAGAGACUGGUGGACAACAUCUUCCCAGAGGACCCAGAGGACGGGUUGGUGAAGGCUAACAUGGAGAAGUUGACGUUCUAUGCCCUGUCAGCUCCAGAGAAGCUGGACCGUAUCGGGGCCUACCUGUCAGAGAGGCUCUCCAGGGACGUGGCCCGACACCGCUACGGGUACGUGUGUAUAGCUAUGGAGGCUCUGGACCAGUUGUUGAUGGCGUGCCACUGUCAGAGCAUCAACCUGUUUGUGGAGAGUUUCCUCAAGAUGGUCCGUAAGCUGCUGGAGGCCGACAAACCCAACCUACAGAUCCUGGGAACCAACUCUUUUGUGAAGUUUGCCAACAUUGAGGAGGACACUCCAUCGUAUCAUCGCAGCUAUGACUUCUUUGUGUCGCGCUUCAGCGAGAUGUGUCACUCCAGCUACGAGGACCCAGACAUCCGCACCAAGAUCCGUAUGGCUGGUAUAAAUGGUCUGCAGGGGGUUGUGAGGAAGACGGUGAAUGAUGACCUACAGUCUAACAUCUGGGACCCCCAGCACAUGGACAAGAUCGUCCCCUCACUGCUCUUCAACCUGCAGAGUGGAGAGGGCACUGAGAGCCGCUCCCCCUCUCCCCUGCAGGCGUCGGAGAAAGAGAAGGAGAGUCCGGCGGAGCUGACGGAGCGCUGUUUCAGAGAGCUGCUGGGACGGGCCGCCUACGGCAACAUCAAGAACGCUGUCACACCAGUACUCAUGCACUUAGAUAACCACUCUCUGUGGGAGGGGAAGACCUUUGCAGUCCGCUGCUUUAAGAUCAUCAUGUACUCUAUCCAGUCUCAGCACUCUCACCUGGUCAUCCAGCAGCUGCUAGGUCACCUGGAUGCCAACAGUAAGAAUUCAGCCACAGUGCGUGCUGGGAUAGUGGAGGUCCUCCUGGAGGCUGCUGCAAUCGCUUCCAGCGGCUCUGUGGGCCCCACGGUGUUGGAGGUGUUUAACACUCUGCUGAGGCAGCUGCGUCUCAGUGUGGACUACGAGCUGACCGGCUCCUACGACGCCAGCGGAAACAUUGGCACCAAGAUCAUCAAAACACAUGAGGAGAGACAGCUACAGGAGGCCGUUAUCAGGACCAUUGGGUCAUUUGCGAACACCCUCCCUACAUACCAGCGCUCCGAGGUCAUGCUCUUCAUUAUGGGCAAGAUUCCUGUACCAGGGGUACACCCUACACUCACCAACGCAGGCUCCGGGGGUUGUGAAGGGACCAGGAUGAUCCAGAUCAUGCUGCUGAAGUCGCUGGUUCAGGUGACGACAGGGUUCCAGACCACCAACAUGCUGACGGCGCUGCCCAACUCGUUCCUGGAGCCGCUGCUGUCCUUCUCUCUGAUGGAGGACCCGGAGGUCAGACUGCUGGUGCUCACCAUACUCCUCAGUGUUAUAGACAGACACGACAACACACCCAAGUUCUCUAGCAUCAGCAUUAUAUCAGAUAUCUCUGUUCUCAAACUGAAAGUGGACAAAUGCUCUCGACAGGACAACCUUUUCAUGAAGAAGCAUGCACAGCAGUUGUACCGCCACAUCUACUUGGCGUGUAAGGAGCAGAGCAGCGGUCCGCAGCACUUUGAGACGCUCUACACCCUUCUGGCCCUCAUCAGCAUGGAACUGGCCAACGAAGAGGUGGUGGUGGACCUCAUCAGACUGGCCCUGGCCCUGCAGGAAUUGGCUCAGACCAACGAGGAGUCUCUGUCAGUGUAUAACCGCUGUGCUGUCCAUGCCCUCUCUGCUGCCUACCUCAACCUCAUCUGUCAACUUACCACCGUCCCCACCUUCUGCCAGCACAUACACGAGGUGAUUGAGAUGAGACAGAAGGAGGUGCCCUUCCUUCUCCCUGAGGACAUCUUCAUAGAAAACCCCAAGCUCCCUGCCUCUCUGGAGAAGUUGGAGGGGGAUGUUCUGUUCCAGCAGUCUAAGAUCACGGAAGUCCUGGGGGGCAGCGGCUACAACACAGACAGACUGGCCACACUCUACAUCCCUCAGUUCACAGACGAGGACCGUCUGUCCAAGAGGAAGAGCAUUGGAGAGACCAUCUCACUACAGGUGGAGGUGGAGUCUAGGAACAGCCCAGAGAAAGAGGAGAGGACUCCAGCAGAGGAGAUCACAUUUGAAACUCUGAAAAACGCCAUCGUGGACAGUGUGGGGAUGGAGGAGCAGGAGAGAGAGCGCAGAAGGCAGGUGGUGGAGAAGUUCCAGAAGGCCCCCUUCGAGGAGAUCGCUGCCCACUGCGGUGCCAGGGCCACAUUGCUGCAGAGCAAACUCAAUCAGAUCUUUGAGAUCACAAUCAGACCCCCUCCCAGCCCGUCUGGUACCAUCUCGUCAGGCUACGGCCAGACCCAGAGCCGCUCGGUGCCCGUCUACGAGAUGAAGUUCCCUGACCUCUGUGUCUACUAGCCCUAAAGGUCAGGGGUCACCCUAGGAGGAGAGGGGUACAGGGGGUGUGGAGCUACAGCAGCCCUCGGUGUUAAAACAACUACAGACUCUGUGACCCGUUCCCCCUGCUCCCCAUUCUCUCUGUCAAGAGCUACUGACAUGACUGACAAUGUGUUUUUUGCACUGUGAUCGCAGACAAAACAAAUAGACAAACAAAAAGGCAGCAGUGUGAGCUAUUGACCCUUCACCCUUUGCUUGACCCCUCCCCACAACCUAAAAAUGCCCAAAUGACUGCCACCUGCUUGGAUUAGACUGUAGCCAGAAAGACUGUGGAGAAGAACAAUUGAUGGACAGAGGAUGGCUAGAACAGGGAGGAGAGAAGAUAGUGAUCCCCAGUUUUAACCUUCUCCUUUUCCCCCUGAUUGACUUGCUGCAUGCCCACCUCUCUAAACAUCUGCCUUGACCCCAUUACUAGUGUCUAGAUGUUGUCCUAGCUUAUCCCUCACUGGAUGCAUUACUAGCCGUAGUGCACCUACACCAAAAUGGCCAACUGCCAAAUGGAACGAAAUCAUAUUUGCUCAUUCGUUUUAUUGUAUUGUAAUUCUUUUGUUUUAGCAAUGGAAACUGUACUGACAAAUGUAGGUAAUCUAGUGUUACUUUUAGUUUUCAGUGGGAUGACUACUUCUGAAACACUAUCCCCACUCCCUGCUCAAACCAUUCAGUUAUAAAUGAACUCAGUGUUUGCUUGGUGCUUUUCAUAUGUCUUUUUAGGUUUUUAUUUUAUGUCUCUGGGGUGAGAACUCCAGAGUAUUUUUUUGUAUCACUGCGUGUUAACCGGGAGUGCUUUUGAUGCUGACCCAAAUUAUGUUCAUUUUGUAUUUUUUACCCCCUUGCUUUUUAAAUGUUGUAUAUUUUAAUCCAUGAAUUGACUGCAAAGGUUAAAGUGUGUGACCUGUGUACUAUCCUCCUACAGGUGACUCCAGCAGACCUAGAUUCAACCAGUCCAACCGUUCAUAAAACCAGUCAUAGCUUUCCCACUUUGUAAGGAUCUGAAGGGUUUACAGUUAUGUUUACAUGCUCAAACACUAGCAUAUGGGUCGUUCCAUCAAUUCGGUGCCUUUUGAGAUUGUCGUAAAGAGCAACUUAAUAAAAAAAGAACAUGUUUUCCCAUCUCAAGAGAUUAAAUUAAAAUAAAUACUAUAUAUAUUAAGUGCCUAUUAAGUGCC